AGGUGCUGGGCGGCGGCCUUUGCACAGAAAAACCUGACGCAGGAGCAGAACCAGCAAGAGAUGCACAUCUCUUUCACACGCAGCAGCGGACCAGGAGGGCAACACGUCAACAAGACCAGCUCGAAAGCUGUCGUUCGACUGGACCUGAAGAACAUCGUUGCCGCCGCUGCUGACCAAGAUGCCGCAGCCGCAAUGGACAAAGUGGUCAACUCGCAGCGCUGGCUGCUGCCGACGAUUUGCAAGCGUCUGGCCAGCGUGUCACCCUACUACGUUGCAAAUACACAUUCCCUGCAGCUGUCAUCGUCCAAAUCUCGUUCGGCGCACGCGAACCUCGCGGACGCUCUGUCCAAGCUGCACGCGCACAUCCACCAGGUCGCUAGCUCUGAUCUGCCCGGCGAGACGAGCGACGAGCAACGUGCACAUGUCAGGAGGCUUGAGGACAGAGAAAAACGCAAGAUCAAAGCGGUAAAAGAGAAGAGAAAGGAUCUCAAGAAAGGGAGG